UAAUUUCAUAAAUGUUCAUGAAAAUAUUUGCAAUGCAGUGUGCCCGUGUGCACCGUCGCAGUCAUCGCCACCAUUACCGCUACCGCCGCUGUGUGCGUAGGCUAGCGAUAUCCGUUACCGUCACCGCCAUCGCCACCCCGGUAGUGAGCGCGAAUCUUAAAUUAGUUAUAUUUUAUAUUUUUACUUAUUUUCGUUUGGGAAAUGGAUUUCAAAAACCAAGCCAUGGCGGGUGCGGCGCAGCUGACGCUUGUGCCUGGAGUGAUGCCGGAGAAGAAAACAGACCGGCGAUCAUCACAUCGCGAUAACGCACCGAUGAAAAGUUCGAGAAUAUUCUCGAUCGGCAUCGUUGUCCAGUGGACCGGUCCAAAAUAUAAUUACACCGCGCCCGUCUCUUCUUUUGGUACGACGCGAACGCCAUCGUCAAGUUUACAACGGACCACCGAUGUCCGUGAAUCAUUUCCUUCAAAUCUCAACCAAAACUUUUACAAUGAUAGUCCUGGCAUAAUGAAAUGACUUCCGGCUUUAGUUUCAGAAGUCCAGACGGAUGUAUAUGUCAAGUUAAAUAGUAUAUCAACAUUGAUAAUUAUCCAAAUUAGCCGCCAAAAAUAAAUUAAAAUCUUAAGACAGAA